UAGCUGUGAAAAUUUUGUCGAGUACACAAGCCUGAGCAAGUUUUUGUUAUCCAAAAAGUGCAAGAUUAUUAAAUUAAAAAAGAAUACGCAUUAUAUAUAUUUAUUAUUAAAAUACAUUGUGCUGCAAACGUAAAUUAGCCAAAAUGCAGAUCUUCGUGAAGACCCUGACUGGCAAGACCAUCACCCUCGAGGUUGAGCCCUCGGACACCAUCGAGAAUGUCAAGGCCAAGAUCCAGGACAAGGAGGGCAUUCCCCCAGAUCAGCAGCGUUUGAUCUUCGCCGGCAAGCAGCUGGAGGACGGACGUACUUUGUCCGACUACAACAUCCAGAAGGAGUCCACCUUGCAUUUGGUGCUCCGCCUGCGCGGUGGCAUGCAGAUCUUUGUCAAGACUCUGACUGGCAAGACCAUCACCCUCGAGGUCGAGCCCUCGGACACCAUCGAGAAUGUCAAGGCCAAGAUCCAGGACAAGGAGGGCAUUCCCCCAGAUCAGCAGCGUUUGAUCUUCGCCGGCAAGCAGCUGGAGGACGGACGUACUUUGUCCGAUUACAACAUCCAGAAGGAGUCCACCUUGCAUUUGGUGCUCCGCCUGCGCGGUGGCAUGCAGAUCUUUGUCAAGACUCUGACUGGCAAGACCAUCACCCUCGAGGUCGAGCCCUCGGACACCAUCGAGAAUGUCAAGGCUAAGAUCCAGGACAAGGAGGGCAUUCCCCCAGAUCAGCAGCGUUUGAUCUUCGCCGGCAAGCAGCUGGAGGACGGACGUACUUUGUCCGACUACAACAUCCAGAAGGAGUCCACCUUGCAUUUGGUGCUCCGCCUGCGCGGUGGCAUGCAGAUCUUUGUCAAGACUCUGACUGGCAAGACCAUCACCCUCGAGGUCGAGCCCUCGGACACCAUCGAGAAUGUCAAGGCCAAGAUCCAGGACAAGGAGGGCAUUCCCCCAGAUCAGCAGCGUUUGAUCUUCGCCGGCAAGCAGCUGGAGGACGGACGUACUUUGUCCGACUACAACAUCCAGAAGGAGUCGACCCUCCACUUGGUGCUCCGCCUGCGCGGAGGCAUGCAGAUCUUCGUGAAGACUCUGACUGGCAAGACCAUCACCCUCGAGGUCGAGCCUUCGGACACCAUCGAGAAUGUCAAGGCUAAGAUCCAGGACAAGGAGGGCAUUCCCCCAGAUCAGCAGCGUUUGAUCUUCGCCGGCAAGCAGCUGGAGGACGGACGUACUUUGUCCGACUACAACAUCCAGAAGGAGUCCACCUUGCAUUUGGUGCUCCGCCUGCGCGGUGGCAUGCAGAUCUUUGUCAAGACUCUGACUGGCAAGACCAUCACCCUCGAGGUCGAGCCCUCGGACACCAUCGAGAAUGUCAAGGCUAAGAUCCAGGACAAGGAGGGCAUUCCCCCAGAUCAGCAGCGUUUGAUCUUCGCCGGCAAGCAGCUGGAGGACGGACGUACUUUGUCCGAUUACAACAUCCAGAAGGAGUCCACCUUGCAUUUGGUGCUCCGCCUGCGCGGUGGCAUGCAGAUCUUUGUCAAGACUCUGACUGGCAAGACCAUCACCCUCGAGGUCGAGCCCUCGGACACCAUCGAGAAUGUCAAGGCUAAGAUCCAGGACAAGGAGGGCAUUCCCCCAGAUCAGCAGCGUUUGAUCUUCGCCGGCAAGCAGCUGGAGGACGGACGUACUUUGUCCGAUUACAACAUCCAGAAGGAGUCCACCUUGCAUUUGGUGCUCCGCCUGCGCGGUGGCAUGCAGAUCUUUGUCAAGACUCUGACUGGCAAGACCAUCACCCUCGAGGUCGAGCCCUCGGACACCAUCGAGAAUGUCAAGGCUAAGAUCCAGGACAAGGAGGGCAUUCCCCCAGAUCAGCAGCGUUUGAUCUUCGCCGGCAAGCAGCUGGAGGACGGACGUACUUUGUCCGAUUACAACAUCCAGAAGGAGUCCACCUUGCAUUUGGUGCUCCGCCUGCGCGGUGGCAUGCAGAUCUUCGUGAAGACCCUGACUGGCAAGACCAUCACCCUCGAGGUCGAGCCCUCGGACACCAUCGAGAAUGUCAAGGCUAAGAUCCAGGACAAGGAGGGCAUUCCCCCAGAUCAGCAGCGUUUGAUCUUCGCCGGCAAGCAGCUGGAGGACGGACGUACUUUGUCCGAUUACAACAUCCAGAAGGAGUCCACCUUGCAUUUGGUGCUCCGCCUGCGCGGAGGCAUGCAGAUCUUCGUGAAGACCCUGACUGGCAAGACCAUCACCCUCGAGGUCGAGCCCUCGGACACCAUCGAGAAUGUCAAGGCUAAGAUCCAGGACAAGGAGGGCAUUCCCCCAGAUCAGCAGCGUUUGAUCUUCGCCGGCAAGCAGCUGGAGGACGGACGUACUUUGUCCGAUUACAACAUCCAGAAGGAGUCCACCUUGCAUUUGGUGCUCCGCCUGCGCGGUGGCAUGCAGAUCUUCGUGAAGACCCUGACUGGCAAGACCAUCACCCUCGAGGUCGAGCCCUCGGACACCAUCGAGAAUGUCAAGGCUAAGAUCCAGGACAAGGAGGGCAUUCCCCCAGAUCAGCAGCGUUUGAUCUUCGCCGGCAAGCAGCUGGAGGACGGACGUACUUUGUCCGAUUACAACAUCCAGAAGGAGUCCACCUUGCAUUUGGUGCUCCGCCUGCGCGGUGGCAUGCAGAUCUUCGUGAAGACCCUGACUGGCAAGACCAUCACCCUCGAGGUCGAGCCCUCGGACACCAUCGAGAAUGUCAAGGCUAAGAUCCAGGACAAGGAGGGCAUUCCCCCAGAUCAGCAGCGUUUGAUCUUCGCCGGCAAGCAGCUGGAGGACGGACGUACUUUGUCCGAUUACAACAUCCAGAAGGAGUCCACCUUGCAUUUGGUGCUCCGCCUGCGCGGUGGCAUGCAGAUCUUUGUCAAGACUCUGACUGGCAAGACCAUCACCCUCGAGGUCGAGCCCUCGGACACCAUCGAGAAUGUCAAGGCUAAGAUCCAGGACAAGGAGGGCAUUCCCCCAGAUCAGCAGCGUUUGAUCUUCGCCGGCAAGCAGCUGGAGGACGGACGUACUUUGUCCGAUUACAACAUCCAGAAGGAAUCCACUUUGCACUUGGUAUUGCGUCUUCGUGGCGGCGCUCUAUAAAUUUUCUCAGCUUAACACCAUUAUGAUCUUGUAUUCGUUUAGUUUAUGUUUAUUGGCUUUGAAACUCUAUAAAAUGUAAUCUCUAUUUGUAAUAUCCACCAAUUCAAAAUAUUAAAUUUGCAUGUUCUAGUAA